ACACUCGCAUCCCCACCCACGUUAAGUAAGGACAUCCACGAGUUACUUCGGAAAGCGCCACGGUACAGUGUGAGAGGUAUAUGCGAGUGUGUGUGUGUAUGUUUAGAGGCAUUGAGCAAGAUGCUGUGUGGCGUACAUCCGAUUAAAUAGUGGUUCAUCGGGUGCGGCAGGCAGUGACUAGACUUCAAGACCUAGCAGAUGCUCACUCAAAGAUUAAAAAAAAAUAAGAUGGCUACUCCUUCUAUUGUUGACUUCAAAAUGUGUCUUAACAUUCUAUUGACAUUAUGCAUAUUUGCAGUUUCAGUAAGCAGUCAGCCGUCAUCCACACAGGAUGAACCGACUGAUCUAGAGGGGGACUUCGUAUCUCCGUUUGAGGAUAAAGAUCUGGAUCAACAAUCACCAGGAGAAACUUCAAAUACAAAGGCGCCAACACUUCCUGCAGAAAGAACAACACAGACAGCACAAGAGAAGACAACCUCUUCCCCAGAUGAUGUUGCCAAUUUCAUUAUCCGUGACGAUAAUGGUAAAGCUUGUAUCCGUGCCUGUUUCUCUGCAGUUCUUAACGUAUUUUACACAAACCAACAGAGUGAAAGCGCUGAGGUAAAAGUUCCCCUCCCAACGAAGGCUGCUGCCAGAGGAACAUGUGGUACCUUGACAGACCCAGCAUCUCUCUCAAUCCAAUGGAAUGAAGGAAAAUACAACCUCAAAUUUCUGUUUGAAAAUAAAACAGAAAAUGGCGCAGAAAGCUGGAAUGCGAGGAGCCUUACUUUUUCAUACGAUACGACCGAUGACACGUAUUUUGAGGAUGCUGCAGAAGCUGGGAUGAAAAGCGUACGCAGCCAAGUCGAUGAUGAUGACCUCUUUAAGACGUCAGCUGAGAAAUCAAGAAAGUGUGAAAUGGAGGAUGAGAUCGAGCUGGUGGGGGGAGCCAGCAACAGUACGGACAAGGCAAUAUUAGAACUAAGUCAGCUUCAGAUACAACCAUAUCAUCUUUUAAAUGAUUCUUUUAGUAAAGCACAACUAUGUCAAAACGAUAAAGAGGCUGAGGGAACCAACAUCGCAUCGAUAGCCGUGGGCGCCACUUUGGCGCUUGUCAUUCUCGUAGUCAUCGCUGGCUAUGCAAUAGGACGUAGGAUGGGCGCCAUCACCGACAGAACCUCGUACAGUUCCAUGGAGUAAUCCCCUUCACGUCUUCUCAUUUAAAGUUAAUCUAGGUAAUAGCUGUGAAAGAACUAUCAUAGAUAGAGCUGCUCAACCCCGUCCCCCGAUUAGUCCUCGGUCGCUCCCCAUUUCUUUUGAUCACUUUAUAAGCUACAGUUCCACACACACGAUUUUUGGUGGAACAGCAUUAUGGAAAUGAAAAUGUUAAUUGAAAACGGCAGUGCCUGUAAACACUAUUUUUUCCCCUAUCAUUCACGUCAUAAACAAAUCCAAUCUCUCUAAAUGUAUAUGUUAGAUUCAUGUGACAAUUUCCCGCCUACGUUUUUUUUUAUUUUAUUCUAUUUUAUUCACAAUUGAUGAACAAAUCAUGAGCAAAUCCACGCUUGUAUUUUUAGUGAAUCAUGCGUCAGAAACAGCUCUAUCAUUGUAGGCCCCUAUGUUACCCCUCUCCCCACUAUCCAAAGGCACGGUUAGACAUUAAAAGUUGCUAAACUGGGGGGGGGGGGCACUUUCGCUGUAAAUUUGAGAAGAAAAAAAGCUUGAAAUCACCAAGACAUUAACACAAUAUUCACUUUACAUGUUCGAUAUCAAAUGAAAAAUAAAGAACGUCACGCAAAAAGAUGAAAAAAAAAACCAUCCACUUUGCCCAUCCUUUUGGCACAUAUGAGAAUUCUUUGCAUUUCUGGGAGAAUGAAAACACGUAUGUAUUCUUGACUUUACGCUCUUUCGGAAUUAAUGUCAAUUUGGCGAUGUUUAAAGCUUCAAUUAAGUGGCGAUUCAUGAAGCUGUUUGUAACUUGCACAAAACAACCGAUGGCCUGUUUUCACAUUAUCUUUCAGUUGAAGUUAAAGUCCGGUCGGGAGUCCGGCCUUUCUAUAUACAUUACUUUGCCAACAAGCAUUUAAAGCGGAAGUUCACCCUGGCGAAAAGUCUGUUGUAAAAAUAGCAGGAAAAUAAUUAAAAAAAACGUUGGUGAAGGUUUGAGGAAAAUCCGUUCAAGAUUAAGAAAGUUAUCAGAAUUUUAAUUUUAUUUGUGACGUCAUAAACUAGCAGCUGCCCCAAAUGUUAUGUAAUAUAAAAUGCAUAAAUUUCAUUUUAAAUGGUUCAUGACCACUUAUUAUUCAUUUUCCUUCUUAGGAGCGGAUGUGAAAUGAUUUGUGUAUUGAUCAAAAACCUUUUUCAAAUUUUCCGAGAAAUGAAGUUUCAUUGAUUUUUUGCCAUACGAUAUGUAGAAAAGCUGCUCGCAUAUGACGUCACAAAUGAAAUGAUAACAAUUCUAAUAGCUUUUUAUUCUUUGUUAGAUUUCAGUCAAAUAUUUGCCAUAAUUUUUAGUAAUUCGUUUCUGCUAAAUUUUACAAUAAAUCUUUUGUUAUGGUGAACUUCCCCUUUAAGUGUAAAGUGUUUGCUAUUGAGAAAGUUUUAUCAGGCUUUUAGGAAUUCGCUUCCAUUGUGUUAAAAAGAGACAAAUUUCGAGUAUCUCAUUUCGCAUAAUAUAGGUACCAGUCGUGCACAAGGCCGCAUAAGAAAAGUCGAGCGUUACUUACAACAGAUUAAUAAAACACCCCUGGACAUUUCAUUUCAAGUCCUGAAUACUUUGUGAAAAAGUUCGUGACGUGAGUUAGAGACUUAGGAGGACCAAAGAUAAGAAAAAUAUUAGGUAUUGCUUGCUUCUUUAAUGUCAGGGUUUGUCUGCAUUUGCCACAGAACAAUCAUGGAUCGUUGACAUUUCGUCAUUCCAAUGUGAUAAUUUCAAUAUAUCUUCGUAUCUGUAGUUCUCAUCGUUUUAUAUGUUUGCUCUGAUUUCUUCUACAAUUCAGCGAUUUAUCAAUCACUUUGAUUUCUUCAACAAUUCAGCGAUUUAUCAAUCAAUUUGAUUUCUUCUACUAUUCAGCGAUUUAUCAAUCACUUUGAUUUCUUCAACAAUUCAGCGAUUUAUCAAUCAAUUUGAUUUCUUCUACAUUUCAGCGAUUUAUCAAUCAAUUCGAUUUCUUCUACAAUUCAGCGAUUUAUCAAUCACUGUUCAGUUUCAAGUUUUGACAUUAGUGUGUAUACUGGUAUACUUUAAAUACGUGAGAAUGUGUGUAUAAGGGAAACUAAAGCUCAUGGAAUUACUUUCCAAGCGAUAUAUGGUAUUGGCAGCUAUGCUGUAUAUAGCCGGCGUAGUAUUAUGAAGUGCUUAUAAACAUUUUUCAGUCAACGCUAUAUAAGUAAAUGUACACUGUAAAAACGCUGUUUAAAAUUUAAGCACGUUGUUUAAGCCUGUCACUCUAACAACUACUGUUUAAACUUUUUAAACAGCUGUUUAAACUUUUUAAACAGCUGUUUAAACUUUCUAAACAACUGUUUAAACUUUUUAAACAAGUUGUUUAAAAAGUUUAAACAAUUACAAAAAAAAGUUUAAACAACCUGUUGUUAGAGUGACAGGCUUAAACAACGUGCUAUUUUUUUUUUUACUGUGUAGUACAAAUCACUACCCUGUAUGUUCUUGCCGAAUUCGCAACAACAGCAGAAUGAACAUGGAUGAGCUUUAAAACACUCAAAGGUAGAACAUAAGAGUGCGACUAUAGCACAUUGAUAACUCUUCAACGUUUAUUGAUGGUUAGAGUUAGAUUCAAGACUUAGAUUAUAUUUUGGUGUUUUAAAACAUACAUAAGAUGUAAUCAAUCACAUUGGCAAAUAGAUAUGCUCGCAACUAGCUGUAAACAUGGUAAAGAAAAUCAGUAUCAACAUAGUUUGUUAAUACGACGAAAAUGUGGUUUUAUGAAUUAUGAUGGAAAAUAUUAUUCUUACGGAGCUCAGUUUUUUGUGUAUACUGAUCAAGUGCAUAUACUAAUGAUUCUGAUCAACUAUAUUUAAGACUGAAUGAUACAUAUCUUUAUAAAGUUCAAUGCUUGUAUAUAAGGGCCGUUAAACACACAUACCUUGUUUUAUAUGGUCACGUUAACACGUAUGUUUAUUAGUAGCCGUCCAAACGUGUGUAUACCUGUUUUACCAAAUAGUUAUAGUGUAAAUGUAUAUUAUAGAAGAUUAUAUUUAUAUGAUUAUGACUGUGUGUAUACAUCUCAUUAUCCAUGUAUAAUAUGAUACAAAUUAUUAGAAUAAUUGUGAAAGUGUAACUGAUCGUGAAAUGUUGGCCUGAACUUUUUUUGUUUCUCGAAAAGUCUUGAAUAAGUACAUUUUCCAAGAGGGGUUAAAAUGAUUGUUUACCAUGUUGGGUAUAUAUAGGACCCUGUAACAAUCGAUUUGUACAAUCAAUUGCAAGUUUUAAUCCGUGAUUAAUAACAGUUGCAAUUAAUAUUGUAUUAAUUUGUGUCACAGGCCGUGUCUGACAGCGGGAAUAUAGCAGGACCGAUGAAAAAAUCAAGAUCAUAUACAUCACUAAAAAAGAAAUCUUUAGUUGUGUCAGGUUUGACUAAAAGAUAAAUUAUGUAUAGUGUAGAUACAUUUCAAUCCCAUUUGUUGUAUGACUAGAUAUUUAUUUUUUCAUGUCAAGUGCAAUAAUAGAAACCUUUAUUUAUUUUCCAACCAUUUUCCUCGUUCUCUCUCCCUCUCUCUCUCUUCUUCUCUCUCUCUCUCUCUUUCUCAUAUCUGCUUUGGAUUUUUCUUUCAAUAGCUUGUACAAUGCAAUCUCCCGUUUAUUAGUAUGUCUGUCGAAAAGGUGAUACAUAAUUUAGUGUAUAGCCUGUAUGCACGUACAAUGAUGUUUAUGACCUUCAUUACAGAUAUAAUGUACAAAAUUGUUAACAAUGGAUGACCAAAGAGAGCGAAAACCCUUUUUUUGCCUCAGCCAGUAAUCAAUUUUUCAUCAUCAUAGUUAUUUUGCAAAGAGUCAAUUCAGAUAAAUCUAUGAAAAAAAGUCAUCAACUUUGUUCAAUUAAACGUUUGAUCAAAACAUUUGUAUUUUGUUAAAAUUGCGAUGGUGAUAAUUUACAUGAAUUAUGUAACUAUGGUAAUUAUUCCUCAAGAAAAUAUCUAAAUAUUAAAGGGUUUAGCGUAAACAUUCGUUUUCUAGACUAUAUCCAUUUUCAAAUUCACUCUUCUGAAAUGAUUAAUUUGAUAUUUUAAUUAAUGAAAAGGAAAAGUCCUCCUCAAUGAAUUUUGAUAAUCUUGACAAACAUCAGUUACAUACAGAUAAUACACAUUAGUCAUUGUUCGUAUUACACUCUAAAAAUCAAGAAUUUAAAAUAAAUCCAGAUCGGCUGUAGAUAGUGACCAGCCGAAUGAUGGAUUUAUCUAAAGUCUGUCGGAUCAACUUUCAAAUCUCAAAAGAUUUAAAUUCAAAUCUUUUAGAUUUAUAUUUGAAUCUAAAAUGUUUAAAACUAAAUCUAAUAUUCCUGUCACAAUUAUUACUAAAGCAAUAGCUAGCAUUCUUCUUUCAUUUUAAAUUCUCAAUUUCAAUUCAUUUUUCAAUUUCAAAUAUCUUUUAACAAAGUUAUUUUCAAAUAUUUCAAGUUAUUGAGGCUAAUGACUAUCAUUCACUCAUAUGUUACAGUUCCAUCAAUUUAUAACAUUUAUAACAUCCUAUACACAGAAAGAUUGUAAUGAAGCUAAAUUAUUAUGUUUUUGAAAAAAAAAACGACAGUUGUAUCCUCUUGUAAAAAGUAGAUAUUAUUGAUAUGUGUAUAAUGAAUAAAACAUUUUAGAACUAGAUUUAAUAUAUCUCGCGUUAUACUCAA